UAGAAUAAAAUAAUUCCUUUUUCACCUAGGGCGUCCCAGUUUAUUCGCUUUUGUUUUUAAUUUCCCAACAAAGUAACGGACGUUUGCUCCGUUUCUCAAACUUCUGGCACAAAUCCAAAGAAAAUUUCCAUUUAUCUAAUGGUUAUGGAGCUCUCAGCUCUUAAUUUGUUGUCCAGGCCUUUGAGUUCAUCAUCCUUUUUAUGAGCUCCGAUUUCUGGAGUUUGAAGCAAGACAAAAGGCUCAGCUCAACACCAGUUUCACUUGCUCGUCUUCUUGUUCUCUCUUCCACUUUAUGGAGAAGCCCAUGACUGGAAAGUUGUGUAAUCAGCAACUGGGGUGUGUGAUUCUUCUCUCCUUUGUCUUAUGUUUGGUCUUACUUUGCUUUGAUUAUUCAGCUUUAACUGGUAGCAAUAAUGGGGACACUUCCUUAGUCAACAAUUAUGUAAAUCCCAUAAGCACUCAAUCUUCAAAUUCCAGUGAUCCUAUUUCUCCACUGCCCCACAAUCCACUUGUUUUUGUCUUCAAUAAAACUGAUUCAGAUCCUUGUUUGGGUCGCUAUAUUUAUGUGCAUAAUCUUCCCAGCCGCUUCAAUGAAGCCUUCCUCCAGAAUUGCCAUUUGCUCACACCAGGUACCGAGAAAAAUAUGUGUCCAUACUUGAGCAACCUCGGUCUUGGCCCUCGAAUUCAGAAUCAUGAAAUGGUUUUGUUAAAUGAUAGUUGGUAUUUGACUAACCAGUUCUUGUUAGAGGUUAUUUUUCACAAUAAGAUGAAGAAUUACAAGUGUUUAACGAAUGAUUCUUCACUUGCAUCAGCUAUUUAUGUGCCCUUUUAUGCCGGACUUGAUAUCAGUAGAUAUCUGUUUGCCGGUGCUAGCACAUCACUGAGAGACUCUUCUGCAAUUGAUUUACUCAAGUGGGUAAGAGAAGGAGAAGAGUGGAAAAAAAUGUGGGGUAGAGAUCAUUUCUUUGUUGUGGGAAGGAUUUCUUGGGAUUUCAGGAGACAAACUGAUAAUGAAUCUGAUUGGGGUAGCAAGUUUAGGUUCUUGCCUGAAUCUAAUAACAUGACAAUGUUGUCGAUUGAAGCGAGUUCUUGGAACAAUGACUUUGCCUUACCAUAUCCAACAUGCUUCCAUCCUUCAUCAGAAGGUGAAAUUAUUCAAUGGCAAGACAAAAUGCGAAGGCAAAAAAGGCGGUACUUGUUCUCGUUUGCUGGAGGUCCAAGGCCUGAUCUUCAAGGUUCCAUUAGGGGAAAGAUUAUAGACCAAUGUCUAGCUUCAGGAAGUUUAUGUAAAUUGAUAGAUUGUAAUUAUGGUGCUACAAAUUGCAACAACCCUGUUAACGUGAUGAAGGUGUUUCAAAGCUCAGUGUUCUGUUUGCAGCCUCAAGGGGAUUCAUACACCAGGAGAUCAAUUUUUGAUGCGAUUUUGGCUGGUUGCAUUCCAGUUUUUUUCCAUCCGGGUACUGCUUAUGCUCAAUAUUUAUGGCAUUUACCAAAGAAUUAUACAACAUAUUCUUUGUAUUUGCCGGUGAGAGAUGUUAAAGAUUGGAAAAUGAUGAUUAAUGAGACAUUGCUUGGAGUUCCAGAGGAUAGAGUGUUAGCAUUAAGAGAGAAGGUUGUAAAGCUGAUUCCAAGAGUAAUUUAUGCAGAUCCAAAGUCUAAAUUAGAGAGUGUGGAAGAUGCAUUUGAUUUAGCAGUUAAGGGAAUUCUUGAGAGAACAGAGGGAGUUAGGAGGAUUAUUAGGGAGGGAAAGGAUCCUGCUAUUGGUUUUGCAGAUGGAGAUGAUUUUAAGUACACAUUUUCUGCGUAUGAGGAACAAAGUUGAAUGGUAAAUUUCAAACUCAAUGCUUUUAAACUUAGGAUAUUCACAUCACAUGUUCUUUCCAAAUAGGAAUAUUGGGAAAUAUAUAGUUGGCUUGUUCAUGUAAUCUUUAGAAGAAUCAGCAAUCUUUUUCAAUGAUUGUGCUUAUAUUAUACAGUUGAGCUCAUAGAAUUUUCUUUUGUAA